CCUUUGACUCCGCAAAUCAAACCCGUUACUAUUUACUAAUGACCGAGGCACUGAAGCGGGACUACCAGCUGUGCGAGGAGCUCGGCCGCGGACGGUUCGGCGUCGUUUUCAAAGCGAUCAGAAACGGCGACGCUUUCGCCGUCAAAUCUAUCGACAAGCGAAUCGCCGACUCGGGCGACUCGCUCGACGCCCAAUGCCUCUUGACGGAGCCCAAGAUUCUGAAGCUCCUGGGUUCGCACCCGAACGUUGUCAACCUCCACGACCUCUACGAGGACGACGACCACCUCCACAUGGUCCUCGACCUCUGCGACUCGCCCGAUCUCUACCGUCGAGUCACUCUCCGGGUCUUCUCCGAGUCCGAGGCCUCCUCGGUCAUGACUCAGCUCUUGCACGCUGUCGCGCACUGCCACAGCCUCGGCGUCGCUCACCGUGACAUCAAGCCGGACAACAUCCUCUUCGACGGCCAGGAACGGCUCCGGCUCGCCGAUUUCGGAUCGGCCGAGAAUUUCGGCGAGGGGGAGAAGAUGGGCGGUGUUGUCGGAACGCCGUACUACGUGGCGCCGGAGGUGGUGGCGGGAAGGGAGUACGGGGAGAAAGUCGACGUCUGGAGCUGCGGCGUCGUUUUGUACAUAAUGCUGGCCGGGUUCCCGCCGUUUUACGGCGAAACAGCGGCGGAGAUCUUCGAUGCGGUGCUAAGAGCGAAUUUGAGAUUUCCGGCAAGGGUUUUUAACUCCUUGUCGGCCGCCCUUAAGGAUUUGUUGCGGUGCAUGCUGUGUAAGGACGUUUCUAGAAGGUUCUCUGCUGAACAAGUCCUCAGGCAUCCAUGGAUUACAAGUGGGGGAGGAGGGGGCCAGAGCUGUGGCUGAUUAAGCGGGAAUCGCUGUGGAUUAAGAUGGUUAAUUAAUUAAGCCGGGUUAUGGAUAAUUACAAAUUAAGAGAAAGAUUAUAUGGAUGUUUUGUAAAGCUCCGGGCACUAGUAGUAGCUACUGUAAAUAUAUAUGAUCUCUGAUGAUGAUGGUGGUGUCGGAAGAAAGGAGAAGAAAAAGAAAAAAAAAGGACCGACCUUUUGUCUGCGCUUUGAAGAUGGUCGGAGUAUCUUCUUUUCUUUUGUUUUCUGUUGAAUUUAUUAUUAUAUGGUUGGCUAUGUGUAAUGAGAGCUUUGGAGUUUCCUAUGAUUGUUGCUUAUAUGUGAAGUUUUCGUUCUCUGUGUAAUGCAAAGUGGUGAAAAUCAUUUUCUAAA